AUGAAAAUUACAAUUAAGAAGUUGCAAACUCAAGAAGAGUUCAAUUUUGAGGUUGAACCUUCUACGAAAAUUAUAGAUAUUAAACGUAAUAUUGCGCUUAACGGCAAGCAAAGGGUUUCAACACAGAAAUUAUUGUACAUGGGUAGGAUGUUACUUAAUCACGAAACCAUCAGUACAUAUCCUAAUAUUAAGGAUGGUGCCAAGAUACAUCUAUUAAUUAUCAAGCCCGAAGGUCUAGAGGCGGCAGCAGCAAGGUAUUUUAAGGAAAAGGGUAUGUCAGAUGAAAAAGCCAACCGCCUGGGAAAUCGUUUGCAAGUGGUAGCAAAAGAAACAUUUAACAAAAUGUCGUGGGAUGAUAUUGAAAGGCUUGCAUUGAACAUAUUGGGUGAUGAAAAUAUAGAUUUAACUAGAUCUCUAUAUUCAGAAAUUGGGGAUUUACAUAAUAAAUUGUGA